AAUAAUUAACAGCGAAGAUUGUUGUAUUUUUUGUCUUUUAAAUCACACAUUACAUGUACCUUUUUAGCUAUCUCUAAGGCGUGAUGACUGCAAUAAGCACAUAAGUUGUAAACCAAAUCGUUUGGACCCCAAAAAAUAAACGAAGAAAAAAAAACAUGUCCAUGUAGACCAUAUGGAAAAUGGCGCGCUUGUUUAAACAGAAAUGAUCAUCAGUAUUCUAAUGAUAGCAUUUAUGUCGUCAUUUAGAAUACAUCGCAACGGCGUCCAGUGCGGGAUCACACUGUUGCACGCCACAAAUGCCCGCGCCCGCGCGGAAGCUGAUUGCUGCUGCCAGUGGGGCCAGCAGAUUAUGGAUCUUUGUUUAAUUUCAUACCCCCCCGAUCUGAUAAAAAGCGACUUGACGGCAGUCUGGAGUCUUGUUGUUAGGUUAAACAGUAACAGUUUGUUUUACGAGCUCUCCCGCGAGUACUGGGAGGUUUGUUUCCCGGUGCAACCGUUGAGUGAAGAUUUACAGCUCACCUUAUCCACCGGGUGGGACGAAUGAUGGCAGGGUGGACGGCAAGAGGAGGUGCAGAAUUUCUAUCAUGGUACCGCGGUGAUAUAAAGAGAUGAAAUCAGCAAAACUGCCGAGAUUCCGCCCCGAUUUGACAGGAAGAAAGUCAGCUAUUCGCUCUUUAAUCUUAGACACUGUAAGUCAGUUUGGCAAGAUGACCCCAAAUAUGGACGAAGCGAUAGAAAAGCUCCCUGAACCUAAAGAUGUCACAUACCAGCGUCCCGUAAAGCUUGACGACGCUCUCUUGAUGACCAAAUUCGGCAUCUAUAAUCUGUGCUUGAUUACGAUUUCUGGUACUAUCCUGGCGGCAGUGCUGCUGGAAACGUUGGGCAUCAGUUAUGUACUGCCUGUUGCAGAAUGUGAUUUGAUGUUGACUACCAAAGAAAAGGGUAUCUUAAGUGCAAUUUCGUUUGCUGGCAUUAUCAGCAGCUCUCACCUAUGGGGCUUCUUGGCCGAUACCAGAGGGAGAAGAACGGUUAUACUGCCGACACUGUUUCUUGCAUUUGCGUCUACCGUCCUGUCCAGCUUUACGACCAAUUUUUGGUUAAUCACGAUUACGCGCUUCUUUACAGGAUUUUUCAUUUCCGGCUCAUCGGCAACGAUCUACGCCUACCUUGGAGAGUUUCACGCGAAAUCCAACAGCUCCCGUGCCAUAAUGGGAGCGUCUUUUGUGUUCGGAGUAGGCUGCAUUCUGCUGCCUCUGAUCGCAUGGUCUGUUAUUAAUCAGGAGUGGGAAUAUACCCUUCCCCUGCUCAAUAUUGUUUAUAGGCCAUGGCGCCUGUUUAUCGUGGUGUGCGGAUUGCCCAGUCUCGUCUGUGGGCUAGCAUUGCUUUACUUUCCCGAGAGUCCAAAGUUUUUGUUCUCCCGAGGGCAUGAACAGGAUACAAUCAUGAUUAUGCACAAAAUGUACCGAUGGAACACUGGCGGUAAGGGUCCCAAACUGGCGCUUACUUCGCUGCUACAGGAGACUGAAGCGCAGCAAACCAAAAUUCGCCGCGAAGAAUCAGCCAACAAUAAAAGUGUUCUACGGCUGCUAAAACAAAUGUGGCAGCAAACGGCACCGUUGUUUAUGGGCCAGUACUUGAAGCGAACCACCAUCAUUUGUGUGCUACAGUUUGGCAUUUACCUGACAUCGAACGGAAUGUACAUGUUCUUUCCGGACAUUUUGAACCGCAUCGCCGAACUGGAGGAUCAAGGUGUCGGCCGCACCACUAUCUGUCAGGCGGUCUACGCGACACAGGUCGAUAUAAGCCAGCUACAGCAGCACGACGUUAAUGCGACAGCACUGCCCGAAGUGUGCCAUCAAAAGCUGGAUAUUUCCGCCUAUGAGCAUUCGUUCGUGCUGGAAACUAUUUACGCGCUAGGCUUUGCCGUAAUAGGACUUAUUAUCAAUGCGGUUGGCAAGCUUCCGAUCUUGGUGUUCAUAUUUGGUGUUUGCGGCAUUAGCGGGAUACUCAUCGUGUUCAUAGAUCUACCAUUGCUUGCCAUCUGGUUCUAUGUAAUCCUGCUAACUUGUGGGUUCUGCAUCAGCGUAGUCAAUGCAUGCACGGUAGACCUUUUCCCGACUAACUUGCGUGCCAUGGCGGUGUGCAUUUCGCUAAUGUUUGGAAGAUUGGGAAGCGUCGUUGGUGCGAAUAUUGUCGGGUUUCUGCUGGAUUCACAGUGCGAGCUAACGUUCUGGAUAUCGGGCAUUUCACUGAUAGGUUGCGGAGUGCUGUCCUUUUUCAUUCCCAACAUUUACAAACGAAAUGCGUUGGAAGAUAGAAUCAGUAUUUCAUCACGAUAAACAUCCAGUGCAGUCAGUGUCCGGGAUGGCAACAUCAUAAUAAUUCACUAUCGUAAUAGCUUUUAAGCUUAAACCUGAUUCACCAUAGAGACUGAAAUAUACCAAUCGUUUUGUAGAGCAAAAGAAUGUCCGCAUA